AUGAGGUCAGUGCUGUCACGACCUCUGCAGCGCGUGUUGUGGAGCAGCCCAUCGCGAUGGUUUUCUACUGUCAAAGUGACGCACGAUACAGGUCCCUCCGAUUUCACUAUCACACCGAUCGCGGCUAGAAAACUGGUUGAAGCGGCCAAACAGCAAAAAGCGGAUAAUCUAAUGCUGCGCGUCGCUGUGGAGGGUGGAGGCUGCUCCGGUUUUCAGUAUGUGAUUCAGUUUGAAGAGGGAACUACGUCUGAUGAAAACGAGGAUGUGAUCUUUGAGCAGCACGGGGGUAAAGUUGUGAUAGACAAGGAGUCGCUAGAACUCAUUCGAGGCAGUACUCUUGACUAUGAACAGGAGCUCAUUCGCAGUGCUUUUGCUGUAAUCAACAAUCCUAACGCAGUAAAUGGUUGCGGCUGCGGUACGUCGUUCGACCUCAAGGAAUAA